GGUGGAUAUUUUACUACUUAUACCUACGGCAUCGCUCUUCGAAAACACUGUCCCUGCGUAGCUUAACAUUGUGUGUUCUGCGUGUGACAACCGUAUUCUCUCUUUCCAACGUUAAGUUCUCGCCAGAUACCUUUGUAUUUCUCGGAACAAUGGCUACCGUGUCCUGGCAGCAGAAGGCACAGUCAAUUCGCGACUAUCGCGAUGGCACUCUUGCCAAAGUCGAACCGCCGCUCAAAGAUAUCCCCGAUCCGCUGCCGUUAAAUUCCCAAGGUCUUCCGAGGCAGUACCUUACGGAGCGAGAAUUCGAGCUUACACAGAAUUAUGAUGCCAUCGCGCUCCUGGAGAUGCUGCGCACCAAGAAAGUUACAUCAGAGGAGCUGACAAGAGCGUUCCUCAGACGGGCGGCGCUGGCACAGAAAGCGGUGAACUGCGUCACAGAACUCAUGUGGGAUGAAGCCAUUGCGCGAGCAAAAUAUUUGGAUUCGCUUAAGGAGCCAGUUGGCCCGCUCCAUGGUCUUCCCAUCUCGAUAAAAGAGCACCACGGCAUGAAGGGCAAGAAGGUCCACGCCAACUUCAUUGCCUGGGCCGACGAUGAUUCCGCGGACAACCUUCUCAACAACAUUCUUUAUGAUGCUGGCUGCGUCUUCUACGUUCGGACAACGGGCCCCCAAGCAUUGAUGCAUCUUGAGUGCGAGAGCAGCAUCUAUGGCCGCACUGUUAACCCCUACAACCGCAACCUUACCUCUGGAGGAAGCAGUGGUGGUGAAGGAGCUCUGGUAGCUUUUGGUGGCAGUGUUUUGGGCGUUGGAGGUGAUAUCGGUGGUAGCGUUCGCAAUCCUGCCAGCAAUAACGGCGUGUACGGAUUCAAGCCUACCUGCAAGCGUCUUCCAGUUGGCGGGAUUAAGCUUCCCAUGGAGGGCAAGGAUGCGAUCGCCGCCACAUUUGGUCCUCUCUGCCGUUCGCGCGAAACAGUCAAUCUAUUCAUGAAGGUCAUCGCUGAUGCGGAGCCGUGGCGUUUUGACGCUUCUCUCUCCCCACUGCCCUGGGCAUCCGUCACCUUUAACAAACCCCUGAAGAUCGCGGUUCAAUGGGAUGAUGGCGUGGUUAAGCCGCACCCACCAGUGCUUCGUGCACUGAGAGAGGUCGCCGAGGCGUGUAAGAAGGCUGGAAUGGAGGUGGUCGACUGGGUGUCCUAUGACCACAGGAAGGCCUGGGACAUCAUCUCUGAGCUUUACUGGCCGGACGCAGGAAAAGAAGUUCUUGACCUCUUUAAGUCGACGGGAGAACCAAUUCUACCCCUCACAAAAUUCAUCCUUGAACAACCAAGGGUCAAAGACCACAACAUGGCUGAAUAUUGGAAGCUCUGCCUUGAACGCGACAGCUACCGUGAUGCGUACGCUGCCCAUUGGUCCGCUACCGCAAAUUCCCCAACGGGUGAAGUCGAUCUGAUCCUGUGCCCCACGACUCCCGGCGUCGCUCCUCCACACGAAGCCGCCAGAUAUUGGUGCUACACCUCUCAAUGGAACCUGUUGGACUACCCGGCUGCUGUCUUCCCCGUCACCACUGUUGAUUUGGAGAAGGAUGUUCGGGAAGAGGGAUAUGCUCCACGCAACGAGCACGAUCGCUUCAACUAUGAUCUGUACACCGGCCCACAAAGAUUCGAGGGUGCCCCGGUGAGCCUUCAGGUCGUUGGGCGGAGGUUCUAUGAUGAGAAGGUUAUGGCCGGAUUGGCUGCAAUUGAGAAGGCGAUGGGAAGGAAUUAAAUGACAUUUUAAUGUAUACUUAUCACUUAACUCUACUUUGAUAUGAUGAGCAUUGUACA